AAAAAAGAAAAAGAAAAGCCGGAGCAUGGAGAGAGCGCGCCGAAGCAACAGCUGAUUUCGCCGAACUUUUUAGAGUGGAAAAUGGGUCUUUGAGAGUGUUGGCACAUCUCCCUGCACCACAAUGGCAACCGAAACCUUCCUGUUGAACGAAGACCCCUCCAGAGGUCCUGGGAUGCCCGAAUGCUUUGUAGUAUCAGAUUCAUACAGGUAUUAUCCUACUCACCUUCUAAACAAUGCAUUAGUGGAUGAAUUUCAUCCCUUCAUCGAGGCUCUCCUCCCCCAUGUCCGUGCCUUCUCCUACACCUGGUUCAACCUGCAGGCCCGUAAGCGCAAGUACUUCAAGAAGCACGAGAAAAGGAUGACCAAGGACGAGGAGCGCGCGGUGAAGGACGAGCUGUUAGGGGAGAAGCCAGAGAUCAAGCAGAAGUGGGCCUCACGCCUGCUGGCCAAGCUCCGCAAGGACAUCCGGCCCGAGUUCCGCGAGGACUUUGUGCUCACCAUCACGGGGAAGAAACCCCCCUGCUGCGUGCUGUCCAACCCCGACCAGAAGGGCAAGAUCCGCCGAAUCGACUGCCUCCGCCAGGCCGACAAGGUGUGGCGGCUGGACCUGGUGAUGGUCAUUCUGUUCAAGGGCAGCCCCCUGGAGAGCACGGAUGGGGAGCGGCUGGUCAAGUCGCCCCAGUGCUCCAACCACGGCCUCUGCGUCCAGCCGCACCACAUCGGAGUGUCCGUCAAGGAGCUGGACCUCUACCUGGCCUACUUCGUCCACACGCCAGAACAAUCAGGACAAUCAGACAACUCAAACCAGCAAGGAGACACAGACAUCAAGCCCCCUCCCAAUGGGCACUUGAGUUUCCAGGACUGUUUUGUGACUUCAGGGGUGUGGAACGUAGCCGAGCUGGUCCGCGUGUCACAGACCCCAGUUGCCACAGCAUCCGGUCCCAACUUCUCUCUUGCCGACCUGGAUACGCCCGGCUACUACAACAUCAACCAGGUGGCUCUGGGUCGCCGCUCCAUCACCUCCACCCCCUCCACCAGGACUGAAAUGGAGCUUUAUGCAAGUCUCCCACGGAGCUCCAACAAGCGCAAGUCCAUCGACGACAGCGAGAUGGAGAGCCCGGUGGACGAUGUCUUCUACUCGGGCCGUUCCCCGGCGGCCGGCAGCAGCUCUCAGUCCAGCGGCUGGCCUAAUGAUGUGGAUGCAGUGCAGCACCAUUUGGCCAGUGUGCAGGAGAGGAAGAUUAAACAUGAGAGCGAUGGAGUGCAGUUUCCUUACCAUGGACUCUCAUCGCCUGGUUCUCUUAAGAAGCCGGGGAAAUUCGAUUUCAGCGCCCUGUCCUCCCAGACGAGGUCCCCCCGCAUGGCGUUCACCCACCACCCACUGCCCAUGCUGGCGGGAGUGAGACCAGGGAGUCCCCGUGCCUCAGCCUCAGCCCUGCACUUCCCGUCUCCCUCCAUCAUCCAGCAGUCCAGCCCAUAUUUCACCCACCCCACCAUCCGCUACCACCACCACCCUGGACAGGACCCCCUGAAGGAAUUUGUGCAGUUUGUCUGCGCUGACGGCUCGGGGCAAGCCGCCGGACAGCCAAACGGGAGCGGCCAGAGCAAAAUGCCAGGCUCCUUCUUGCUGCCUCCACCUCCCCCAGUGGCCCGCCCAGUGCCCCUCCCCAUGCCCGACACUAAACCCAGCAGCACGCCCCCUGACGGCGGACUCACCUCGCCCGCAUCUCCGUCAUACUCCACGCCAGGCGCCACAGCUCCCAACAGGUUUGUCGGCAUCGGAUCACGGGACAACAACUUUCUGAACAUCCCGCAGCAGACACAGUCUUGGUUCCUCUGACAAGACAUGUGUGCAAACCAGCACCUAGAAUUCUUUCUUUACAAUUGGAAAUAGAAACACGGAAAACAGAGAAACCAACCGCAGGAUAAUUGCCCUCCAACCAGCCCGCCGACCGGCCCUUACAGUAUGUCUCACCCACGAAUACUAACCAGGCAACGCAAAACCAGGAAAUGUCAGCAUGACACUUUUAGAGGAACUCUGAACCAGUGGGAAACCCCCCCCACCACCACCCCCACCCCCAUGUUAAGGAUGGAUGGCUAGACGGAUGGAUGAAUGGACGAGAGGAGGGAGGGAUAGAGAAGGGAAGAUGGACGAGCAGCGGCGAGCAGCAGGCAUCUCCUGAAACCGCUGAACCAGCACCGACCUAGCAGCAACACGAGUGUCCUGAGGAGGGGGGAAACAAAAAAACAAAAAAGUCAACAUCUCCUACUUCUCAAUGAGGAUGUGUUGUGCCGUGAAAAUGGCUAACACGAUCAACAGUCAGGUUUCCACAGAAACACGCAUAUACAGAACACACAAGUAUGGGUCAACGCGAGCAUGAACUUAGCUAUUUGAGGGAAUAUCAAAUUUUCAAAACACCCGAGUCUGACCAACGUUCAAAUAUACACCACCUCGAUAAAACAACGACACCCAUUUUGUUUCCAGUGAAAGCUGCACUCCAUGCUACCGUGACGUCUGUCAUUGCCCAAAACACACACACACACACACACACACACACACACACACACACACACUGUCCAGCUGACAAAUGUUUUUCUCUUUCUGAAUGACCAUUGACUCUACAAAGCUCCCUUCCUCCUUCCUACUUACUAACCAGACAGACCAUGCCAAAAUAUCUCUUGAUAAAGGGUUGCACUACAAGCCGAAUCAAUUAACACUAAUCUUACGAUGUGCACUAUUUACCUACGAGGCAUGGGAGGUAAACCAGGCUUGCCUGUUGUUAGUUUUAAAGCAAAACACCGUGACGUAAGAGGCCCUCACACAUGCAUGGUCUCAUUGUUGAAUUUGGUUCAACCAGUUCUUGGCUUCCACCGCUUCAUGUCGCCACGCUUAGACCGAGGAAAUGAAAACACAAAGGUCAUGCAAUCUGACCACAAUAAUAUAUCCAGUUGGUUUGCAAAAAAACACACAUACACACACACACACACGAGUGCACACAAGUGUGCACGCACACACACGAUGGCUCAGUUUUGCUGUGUAGAUUGUAGAGGCGUUGGUGGUGUUAUUGUUCAUCAUGAUUUCAGUAUUUACUAUGCAGACAGUUCUAGUUCAUUCUCUCUGCCCCGUCUCAUUAUGUGUCUGGUCCGAAAACCUCCCGCCAAUACACACAUGCACACGCUCACACACACACACACACACACACACACACACACACACACACACACACACACACACACACACACACACACACAUACACUGAUGAGUAUAGUUAUCCAUCUUCAUCAUUAGUGACAACUUUCACAACAACAGCCAUAAACAGCAUCUAGCAGUUUCUGCCUUUGGCCCCCUUUUGUAACGUACGUAGGUUCAUGAUUUUGUAAUCGCUUUUGUCUUAUUUCAGUUUAUUCCUUUGAAUUUGUUCUGUUUUAAUUUUUGAUUUUGUUCUGUUUGAAUUAUAGCACCUUAUGGAGAAACACAUCAGUUAGAAGUGGGGUGUUUUACAACAACAUAGGCAGGGUGGGUGGCUGUCCUGGGUCAAAUAGUGCUGCAAAUAUUUUGUUUUUCUGUCAGAAUCAGAAUACUUCAUUCAACCCCGAGGGGGGAAUUGGGUAUGCCUGUACCCAUGCCUAUACCUAUGCCUGCACAAGUGCCAGAUGCAUCGGCUCUGCAACAUGCACAAGGUUGAGACGAUCAUGACCUUGAGACCAGUUAAGGCAUUUUUUGUUUUUAAUAAUUGGAAAUCUUUUGGUUUAAUGGUGUCCAAACAAAAGCUGAAAAUGAAUUAUGUGUGACUACUGUUUGACCCGGGGCCUGCGGGGGGUUUGUUGGUCGCUGGUAAUAAAGCUGGGCCAGGUGUGAAUAGUCGUAAUAGAGAAACAGCACCGCGUUGCUAAGAUUGCGGACAACGGGCCUCGAACAGAGAGAGAAAGAGAGCGAGAGAGUUGCUCUUCCUUGUGUCUCCCUAAAGUUUAUCCUAUUGUUUACACUCCCAGAUAGCCCCUGCUCCAAGAGCAGAGCGAGCCAAGCUGCGGAGCAAAAUGAAAUAUGUGACAUAUCUGUGUGUCUGUGUUAAGGGGAGGAGGGCCCCCCCAGGCUAGUUAAGAGGGGUCAAAUGCAAGUGGCCAUUUUGGGAUAGACUGGAUGGGAUGAGGAAGAGGACGUUGGUUGAUGUGGUAACUAGCUCUCGGCUCCUUUCUUGCCCUCCCCAAACAGCUCUUUUCAGUUAACCAUGUGUGAAUCAACCAGCCUGUACAGAACAAAACUGCACUCAGAGUGAUCGUACCAGCCAACCUUGUAGGAAAAAAAGGUUCCUUCUUUUCAGAAAGAGUCGCAAAGACCGCCACGUUGUUAAGAUAUCAGCCUACCGCCUGUUGCAAUCAACAAAUAAAUAAUUGGGAUGGACACAUAACUUCCGAGAGCACAGGACACCGCUUCUUACUAAGUCAAUCAAGUCAAUCAAACAAAUCGAUCAGUCAUCGAUCGUACACUCGAACCUAUUGACAGUCAAUAUUGUGACUCCGACAUGCAAACACUGCCCCGAGCCAGACUGAAUUUUCAAAGGGAAGUCUUUUACAUAGACAAUCUAUACGGAGGCCUUUAUGCUUUUAAUGAUUCUAUAUUACCCUACCAUGACGUCGUACAUUUUGAGUUUGAUGAAAUGACUUUUUUCAGAAGAAAAAAAAAAAGCAAGCAAAAAAGAAAAAAACAACAAAAAAAAAACAAAAAAACAACAACACACCAGAUCGGUACAAAUUGAUUAAAAUCACCCAACCAAACCUCACAAAAUAACUGGACUGCCCGGCCAUGUUCUUCACUGCAGGGAAAUGAACAUAGUUGGCCGACCAACUGGCAACCAUCUCAUCAGCUUCAUAGAGAGAACUAGCACUGCUGCGUAACUCUUACGAUGGCUUAAAGGUGAUUUCUUUUCUAAUCUAUGGAAGUGCCUCUGUAUUCCCAUUAUGCAAUUUGUCAAACAUGAAUUCAGGUUCUUUUUUCUCACAUAUAAGCUAUAGCGAACGGUGAAAUUUUAUGUCGGGAGAGGAAAACGGCGACAGCUCACUAGAUAUUUGCAAGCAUCUUUAUAUAUAAUACACAUAUAUAUUUAUAGAUAUAUACAUUUUUUUUUAUUUGCAAGAUAAGCUCUGUGGCAGUCUAGUUAUUUUUUGAAGCGUGGCGUUCAUCGCACAGUCAUAGGAUGCAUCUCGAAAACCGUUGAUUUGAGCUGAAGUACCAGUCCCUGAUCCCACACCUGUAUUAAAUAGGGGGGAAAGAUAGAUAAAUAAAAAAAAAGUCCACGGAAAAUACAAUAGAUACAUAGAUAACAACAGUAAUUGAUAAUGUAGUCGAAGAUGGAAAAAAAUUAGAUUUUGGUUUUUUUUUCUUGUUUUUGUUUUUGUUUUUUGGGGUUUGGAUGGGAAGAAUUGUUACUGAAACUAAAUGAUGUAUGUUGAUUGAGCCAUGUGCAAUGCCUUGGGUAGAGGAAUUGUGUUUGUCUGUUAGAGAUUGUUUGAGGGUUUUAAGAGAAAAGAGGGGGAAGACCCUCUCGUUUUUUUUUUUGUUUUUUUUUAAGUCCACAUGCUCUGGGACUCUAAAUAUGUGGGCAGAGAGAAAAUAAUCCCAGUCUUUGUAAGUUUGGGGCAAUUGUUUUAAAUUUUCUUUUUCUUUUUUUUUUAGCGCUUUUUUUUUUUUAAGGAAAAAAUUCAAGUGUAAUGAUUUGUUUUCAAAAUGUGGGAGGGCUGAAGGAACAAUUUUGCAAAACAUAAAAUAUAUAUCACUAUGAAAACUGGUGCUUUCUACAAAAAUAAAGUACAUUCAAACUAUUAUACAUAAAUAAUAAACAAAAUUAAGUGUUAUCAUAAAGCAAAUUUUAGGAAAACAUGCAUUAUUCUACUUCUCUCUCUUUUUUUUGGUUUUGUAUUUACCGAGGGGGGGGAGGGGUUCAUUGUAUGAAAACGUUGUUGGACAACAAAAGGCAUUUUUCCACAACCUUUUACCCCUGCAGAAGAAGAAGAAGCCUCGUCAGGAGAAAACGAGACCACUUUCCCCCGCAGGAGUGGACUUGGAUUUUGGGUGGUUAAAGUUGAAAUCGCCGCCGGGCCUCCCACGUAAAGCUAAAUCCGGACAAGGUUCCAGACCGGGUCAGACUAUUUGAACCUGGGGCACAUCUCGAGGCAGUCCAACACAAGUCAUGACAACAUAUGGACAAAGACAAGAUCUUCCCCGUUUUGGGAGAUGCACCUCUUUUGAUUAACCAUUUCAAAAGUGUUCGCCCAACCGAGAACGACGUUUUAGUUUUGGCAAAGAUGGGAAGUGAAUUGUGUCUUGUUUUGUUUUUUUGUUUUUUUCUUCUUCUUUUUUUUUUGGGUUUGACUUUUGGUUCUUUUUUUAAUUUUCUUCAUAGACUACAUAGAAUUGAAUAUAGCAAACUACUUUUCCACCCAAACCGUGAGAGGGAAUGUAUGGCCUCUGUUCGGCACAGAGCGGAUGCUGAUAAAGUGAACCCGUCCCCCCCCCAUCCCCUGCAUACCCCCCCACCCCCCCUACUCCCAACCCCACUGUAAAUGAUUCUAAAUAUUUGUUUGGUGAUGUAGUGUUAGACUCAGAGCAUCUUAAAGGUUGUCCCUAAAAAGUGCCUUUUGUUCACAGAUUCCAUCUUGUAAUCCUGAGUGCCCAUCUCAAAAAGAAAAACAAAAAAAAGUCCCCUCCUUCAUACUUCUAUACUCUUCUUCGUUCUCUUCCUCUUCCUCGAGCUUUUACAAGCAGUAUACAUAGUACUAAAGGAAAUUGGUGUGAUUUAGUUCCUCUUUUUAUUGUUGAAUAAUUCAGAAAAAAAAACAAAAGAAAAAAAAACACAAAAAAACAAAACAAAAAAAGAAAAAAAGCACCCCCCACCCCCACCCCUCAAAAAAAAUCUGUCUUGCUUCUCUUCCUCUGUAUCUCGUCUUCUGUCUCUCUUGGACACUGGAGUAGUCUGUAGCCGUGUAACCCCCCUCCCCCUCACCCCAUUUCUCCUCUAUCCCUUUCUUUGAAUGGAGGGGUUGAUUAAAAAAAAAAAGAAAAAAAAAAGAAUACGCAAAAAUGUUUGUCUGAGCAGAAUGCAGUUAGCUCACAUGUUAUUCUUGUCUCUACGCUUCACAUUGUAUUACCAUACCCAUGUCUUCUUCAGCUUCUCCAUUCAACGGCUAAUGUAAGUGAACAAGUUACACCGCUGGGCUCUGGGCUGUGCUGAGGACAGGGGGCUGCAGAGCAAGAGCCUCCCCUGGGGGGCAACAAGUCAAUGACAAAUCAAUAUAAUCACUGUGGUGGUGGAUGGGUGGGGGUGGGGUGGAUUUUUUCUUUUCCUUUUUUUUUUUUAGCAAUCAUAGGAACUUCCCUUUGACCAGGAAAGGGGAGGGGCAAGGGAGAUGGCUAGCAGCGUGGGGGGUCGCUAGAAUAGGUGGGUUUGUUUGUAAUUCUUGUUUUAUCUAUUUAUUUUUUUUAUAAUUGAAUUUGGAUUUGUUUUGGAUCUGUUUUUCGUUUGUUCUUGCGUUUCUUUACGGCGGCGGCGAGACGCUGCGUUGAUAUCUUCAAUUAUGCACCUUUCUAGUGGUUGAGCGAGACCAGCUAUUUAGAAUAAAAAAGAAGAAAAAUGGGGAAAAAUGUACCUGAAAUGACUCUAAGCACCUUAUUAACGGAUCGGUUCCAGAACAGGGAGACUGAAAGGCUCGUAUUUUUUUUUUUUUUUAGUACAAUCAUUGAGAACGCAAACACAAAACGUCGCGAUAUCGUCCUGAUGAACACCAUGCUGUGGCAGGAUGAGGAAAAACUAAAUUUAAAGAAGGAAAAAUAACAAAGACAAAAGAAAAAGACAGCGAUGAGAAGAGACACGUUGACCAAAGCGAUGUGGUUCCAAAAGCUGUACAGCUCACUAUUCACAAGGCUUUGGCGUCUGACGAUUUAAGCACCUUGAAACUCCACCAGCAAAAAAAAAAUUAAAAAAAAUCGAGUGCAGGCUUGAUUAUAGGGCCGAAUCUUUGUUUCCUGCAAAACAAUAUGCAACUUUUUCUUUUCUUUCUUCCCUCCUCCUCCUCCUCCUCUCUCUCUCUCUCUCUAUCAGGCAAGAGACGUCAGCAGCAGUAUUAUCAAUUCAGCCUCGACGAGUGAACGCGCCAGUUUUUUUGAGAAGCCAUAACAGAUAAACAGGUUGCACAGAGCGUUUAGCGUGCGUUAUGUGUGCGUUGUAUUGGGAGGGGUGGGGGGAAGCCCCGCCCUCCCGCGUCCACAUUAUUUGCCCCGCCCACCUGCACCAUUGAGAAAGAGAGACAAGAGCACAGUCUCACCCUGUGCUUGGCCAUCCGUGGUUUUAUUUUCCUUCGGGUUUGUUUGUUUUUAACACGUUUUGUAGGGCGCUGGGCCUUGUUUAGUGAUGUGUAGACCGAGGCCCCCCCGGCUGGCCAAACCCCCCCCCCAACAACCUGGCAUGCACCCCCCACCCCCGAACCCGAGAGCGCCCCCUCCUGCCCCUCAGAACAGCGCCCCUUGCUCAGACACACCUCCCAGAGCCCAAGGUGAAAUGCAUGUGUUAAUUACAGUUUCUUUUCCAUAAUAAGAAAAAAACAGUUUGAAAAGAGCUACACCUUUACUUGAUUGAAUAAAAGGAUGUUCUUG